AUGGCCUGUGUGCAUUAUAAAUUCGCUUCCAAACUCAACUAUGCCAUCGCCACCUUUGAUGGGCGGCACAUCUCCCUCCGUGACCUAAAGAAGCAGAUUAUGGGCAGAGAGAAGCUGAAUGCUGCCAAGUGCGACCUGCAGAUCAGCAACGCGCAGACCGAGGAAGAAUAUACCGAUGACAAUGCUCUGAUCCCUAAGAAUGUAUCUGUAAUUGUUAGAAGAAUUCCUAUUGGAGGUGUGAAAUCUACAAGCAAGGCGGACGCUAGACGGCGCACGGAACCAGUGAUGGGCACUUCAACAGUCACUGAUGCCUCUUCUGCAUCUAUUUCUCUGGCCCAGCUUACGCAGACUGCCAAUCUGGCUGAAGCCAAUGCUUCUGAAGAAGAUAAAAUUAAAGCCACGAUGGCGCAAUCUGGCCGUGCAUACGGCCCCGUCAAUUACGUGAAGGAGCCUCUAGGUCCACCACCUCCAUCUUAUACCUGUUUCCGCUGUGGUAGACCCGGCCAUUAUAUUAAGAACUGCCCAACCAACGGGGAUGAACGCUUCGAGCCUCGCCCUAGGAUUAAAAAGAGCACUGGAAUCCCCAGAAGUUUCAUGAUGGAAGUGAAAGAUCCCAACAUGAAAGGUGCAAAGCUCACCAACACUGGAACAUACGCAAUACCCACUAUAGAGGCAGAGGCAUAUGCAAUUGGGAAGAAGGAAAGGCCACCUUUCUUACCAGAGGAGCCCUCUUCGUCUUCUGAAAAGGACGACCCUAUCCCAGACGAGUUGCUGUGUCCCAUCUGCAAAGACAUGGUGACUGAUGCCGCUAUCAUUCCCUGCUGUGCAAACAGCUAUUGUGAUGAGUGUAUAAGAACAGCGCUCUUGGAAUCAGAGGACCAUACGUGUCCAACGUGUCAUCAACAUGAUGUCUCUCCCGAUGCUUUAAUUGCCAAUAAAUUCUUGCGACAGGCUGUUACUAACUUCAAAAAUGGAACUGGUGGUUAUACAAAAAGACUGCGGAAACAGUUACCCCCACCACCACCCCCGAUACCGCCCCCGAGACCUCUCAUUCAGCGGAAUCUACAGCCUCUGAUGAGACCUCCAAUAUCAAGACAGCAAGAUCCUCCGAUGACUCCAGUCACCUCUUCAUCAGGCCACCCGGCUCCCUCUAUAUCUUCAUUAACUUCUAAUCAGUCUCCCUUAGCCCCUGCUGUGCCCGGAAAUUCAUCCACCCCAGUGCCUGGACCUGAUAUAACCGCACCGGUGUCCAUCUCAGUCCACUGGGAAAAAUCAGAUGGGCCUUUCCGGGAUUCCGAUCAAAAAAUAGUGCCAGCCGCAGCCCUUGCCUCAGAGCAUUCAAAGGGAACCUCUUCAGUAGCAAUGACUGCCCUUGUGGAGGAGAAAGGUUACCCGGUGCCUGUGCUUGGAACCCCAUCUUUGCUUGGACAGUCACCACCUGCUGGGUAUAGCGUCCCUCCCCCCGGGUUCCCUCCAGCGCCGGCCAAUUUGUCAACGCCUUGGGGAUCAUCAGGAGUGCAGACUGCUCAUUCCAAUACCAUCCCAACAACACAAGCACCACUUGGGCCCGGGGAAGAAUUCUAUAGAGAGCAGCGACAGCUAAAAGGGGAGUCUAAAUAUCCCUAUGGUGGUUCCUCAUACUCCAGAAGUCCUUCUACUUACCCUAAAUCAAGACCUGGUUCAACGCGGUCACCUUCUUAUUCCCGAUCAUCUAGCCGCUCGCAAUCUUGCUCCUAUUCGCCAUCACUUCCAUAUCCCAGAAGGGGCAGAGGCAAGAGACGAAAUUACCGCCCAAGGUCUAGAUCUCAUGGAUAUCGUCGAUCUAGGUCAAGGUCACCACUAUAUAGGCGAUGCCCUUCGCGAUCAAGGUCCCCUCCAGCAUUUAGGGGACAGUCUCCAAAGAAACGGACUGUACCACAAGGGAAAACAGGACGUGCACAUUUUCAUAGAUACAGAGAAGUUCCACCACCAUAUGACAGAAAAGCUUACUAUGGCGGGAGUGUUGACUUUAGAGACCCCUUUGAAAACGAGCAUUACCGAGAGUGGGAGAGAAAAUACAGACAGUGGUAUGACAAAUACCACACAGGUUAUGCUGCUGGAGCACAGGCUCGAGCAUCAGCAAAUGGAGAUAACUUUCCUCCAGAGAGCUUUUCGCCACCUCAUAUCAGGAAUUCUCCCCUUACAAGGGGCCGCGGAGAAGUUUACUCGGGUGGACAAAGUCGUAGAAGUCCAAACAUAGGCGGUAGCAACUCUCCAGAAAAGCUUUCCACAAGAGACAGCCACAACCGGAAGGAUAGUACAAAGUCAAAAGAGAAGGAGAGCGACAGUGCUGCAGGACAUGGUAAAGGAAGGAAACAUAAGGAACAUCGAAGGCGGAGAAGCGAAGGCCUUCUAAACACAGAGUUGUUAGAACCUUCUGGAAAAUCAAGAGAACCUACAAAAAACGGCGAUGCCGCCCCGCGAGGCGUGGAGAUGGAGCCUUGCGCACCUCCCUGGGCACCUGACCCAUCUCCCAAGUCCUCCGGGAGCCCCGGGAUUCGCUUUGGCCGGCCAGUGGCGCCCUCUGCUGGUCCUGGAGCGGUGACGCUUUCAGUCCUGGGGUCGGCUGAUUGGUGCAGCGGGCGGCCUGCUGACUUGGCUCCUCCCACCACGCUCCUGGGCUAUAAAAGAAAGCAGGGUCCUCUUGGCAGAGCUUCUCAGCUCCAGGCUGUGGUCUUCGUCGUCAUCAUCCUCGUCGUCGUCCUCGUUCUCCCAGGGAGCUUUCACGGAGAGAGCUUGCGAAUACCCAGUCCCUGGACAUAG